AUGGACUACACCUUCAACACCACCCUAGCCGCGCCGGCGACGGGCUCUUACCACGAGCUAUACGAGAUCGCCAGCCUGAACCCCAAACUCUCCUUCCUGGAGAAGCUGUGGUGGACACACUACGCCUACUGGGACAACGACAUUAUUGCAACAGGAAUCAUCACCUUCCUCGCCCACGAGAUCCUUUACUUCAGCCGCUGCAUUCCCUGGAUCAUCGCCGACGCCUUCCCCAACCUCUUCCACCGCUUCAAAAUCCAAGACACCAAAGCGCCGCCCUCUGCCCGCGAACAAUGGAACUGCGUGAAGUACAUCCUGGCGAUUCACUUCAUCGUGGAGCUCCCUCUCAUCGUGCUCUUCCACCCGAUGAUGGAAUUCUUCGGACUGCAAUACAGCCUCCCAUUCCCGAACCUCAAGACUCUCGCCAUCCAGACCGUCAUCUUCUUCUUCGUCGAGGACACCUACCACUACUGGCUUCAUCGAGCCUUCCACUGGGGCCCGCUGUACCGCGCCGUUCACCGCGUCCACCAUCAAUACGCCGCCCCCUUCGGGUUGACGGCCGAGUACGCCAGUCCCUGGGAGACAAUGCUCCUGGGCUUCGGCACCAUUGGUCCUCCCUUGGUGUUGGGCUGGUGCACGGGUGAAGUGCAUCUGAUGACGGUGCUGGUGUGGGUGGCGCUAAGGCAGUUCCAGGCCAUUGACGCGCAUUCUGGGUAUGAUUUCCCCUGGAGCCUGCGGCGGAUUUUCCCGCUGUGGGGUGGCUCCGACUGGCAUGACGAUCACCACCGGUAUUUCCGGGGGAAUUAUUCGAGCUCGUUUAAGCAUUGGGAUGUGUUGAUGGGAACCGUUGCUGGACCGAGAGGCAAGAAGAUGAAGAAGAGUGAGUGAGUGAGAAAGGAAGGGUGGCAGGCGAGGGCCAGGCCAUGCUGCUUAGACG